UACACAAAGAACACGUACAAUGCAUUUUUUUUUCCAGCCAUAGACUCUUCAGUGGACAAUAGUAUCAUUUGGUUUGCCAGUAUUAGAAUGCUGCUGGAGCUAUUUUGUUUUUUCCUAAUUAAGAAACAUUUUUAAUUAUUUAAUAUAGUUAGACUGUGGAUUAGGCAUUGACUACAAUAUACAUGAGAAAAGAAUUCCAUCAUAUGACAACAGUUUGUUUUCAUUAUUGACUAGUGCUCUGUUUACACUGUAAAAAUUAAUAGAAGCAAAAUAUAGGUCUCUAAUAUAGAUUUACAUUCACAUAAGUGUGAGUUAGGCCAAAAACCUGAUGAUGCCUUUUUUUCAGAACAGAUCCCCUCGUGUCUUCCAGAAAGUAGGCUUCUUAAUGAGGACUUAAUUUGUGUAACUCUUCUUGGCAUCAAAUAUUUAACCAUUUUAACAAUUAUGUUACAAUGAUGGGAUUGCCUCACCCAACGAAAGCCACUAGAGGGAGAUCAAUUGAAGGGCGAGCACGUGUCACAUGUGCUUCCUCCCCCGCUUAUCACAAGCCCAUGUAUUUGCAUAAAAUGUGUGUCAGUAGGCCAGCAAUCGCUACUGCUCACAUGCAGCGGAGAUUUAACGAGGCAUUUCAAAGUCAGAUCAGUCCAGCUGUCUCACCUACUACGCUAGUCAUCAGCCAAUGAAAACGUAAGAAAGCAUACAGUGCCGAAAAGCAGAAGAGAUACCCUAGAGGAGCGUGACAGUAAAAUACGAAAAGAGAGGAUGAAAGGACAUAGCACGAAAAUCGAGGCCAAGAAAUACCUGAAGACGUCCUGUUGUGCGAGCAUAUGUUACUGAUAGUGCGCUUACAGUAGACUGAACAGUCGUUCCUACUUCGUAGAUGCAUAUAGUGAGAGUAGCCUGCACUGGAACCAGUGGAGAUUUUGUGGGAUUUUCUCUUGAAUGGAAGAGGUGUUCUACUAUACAUUUCACUCUUCUAAGGAUACAUGUAGUUAUUUUAAUAUACAUCACGCUCUUUUAACGGGAACAAGCAGUGACGGCACAAUAUUGCCCAAUUCACCUGAAGGACAUAAAAAUUCAGUGAUGACCACAAUUAUCUUCGAGCAUUUCUCUUCGGGUUUGAAUUUUCAAUAAUCGUUUGUUUUCAAAUGGACAUCAUGACGAUAUCACCUGAAUGGAUUAUAUUUUACAGCGACGCACAGAGAAUACUAACACAGAUUCAGAAUUCCUAACUCUUUUGACCAUCCGCGAAGAAACGAUGGACAAUAGUCCGGGUGGAGUCAUCUUAUACGCUAGCUCAACAGGCAGUGCCAGCCCCAACCCUGGCAGCCCUUCAAGUGGGUACCAGACACAGUCACCCUCCUCUCACUCCCAGCCUUCUUCACCAGAGGACAUCUUUUUCACUGAGGUUGGGCACCUCAAGCAAAGAGGGACUGGCAGCAAUGCCAGUGCAGUGGGUACGCCACCCUCACCCAAGCUGGUCUUCCAGUUCCCUGAAAUGAGCAGUAUGCCUGCAGUUAACUCGGUUAACCUGCCUGUGACCUCAUCAGGCCAAAGCACACACUCCCAUCCACUAUUGGGCAAGAAACCAUGUGGAUUUACUGGAACCUUUACAAAAACAGAUGGCAUGGUGCUCCUGUGCAAAGUCUGUGGUGAUAUUGCGUCUGGAUUCCACUACGGAGUCCAUGCGUGUGAGGGUUGCAAGGGAUUCUUUAGGCGCAGCAUACAACAGAACAUUUAUUAUAAGAUGUGUGUGAAGAAUGAGAGUUGUCUGAUCAUACGGAUGAACCGCAACCGAUGCCAGCACUGUCGCUUUAAGAAGUGCCUGUCUGUUGGCAUGUCUAGAGAUGCUGUGCGUUUUGGCCGCAUUCCUAAGCGGGAGAAGCAACGACUAUUGGAUGAGAUGCAGAGCUAUAUAAACAGACUCAGCAAAUCAGCAUCCAUAGACAUUGACUCUAUCACACCCACCGAGGUCCCACCGAGUCCUCAAGAGGCCCAUUCAGAUGAAGCCAUUGGUGCCAUGUCUGGAGCCUAUUGCAACUUCUUUGUCAGUGGGAAGGAGAAAGUGGUGAAGAUAAAUAAGGACUGCAAUCCCUCUUCCUUCCGGAAUAUGCAGCCUAAGGACUCUGGCUUUUCUCAGUCUAUUGUCCAAGUCACACCGCAAGUGUACCUCGCUCACUCCACAUCCACAGUAAACCACAAUACCCAGACCAGUUCCCUGGUUACGGAUCAUGGUAGUAACCCAACAACCCAAGCCACUGACAACAGCUGCUACCAUUGCACACAGGAACCCCAGCAUUCUCAGAGCUACCCUGCCAAUAACAGCAGCUAUUCUGACAGUGAAACAAGAGGUCAGAUGUCCUGCCCCUGGUUAUUGCACACUGGGGCUAAAGUUCUGGCGUGUCCUCUGAACGCAUGUCCUGUGUCUCCAGCUGGUCGCUCCAGCCAGCAGGUGUGGGAGGCUUUCUCUCAGUGCUUCACUCCUGCUGUUAAAGAAGUGGUUGAGUUUGCCAAAAGCAUUCCAGGAUUCUGUGCUCUCAGCCAGCAUGACCAGGUCAUGCUUCUGAAGGCAGGCACUUUUCAGGUCCUGAUGGUGCGUUUCUGUUCACUGUUUGAUGCAAAAGAACGGACGUUGACCUUCCUGAAUGGACAGACGUACACCCUGGAUUCAUUGCGCGGUCUGGGCAUGGGCUGUCUCUUGGAUGCCAUGUUUGAGUUUAGCGAGAAGCUGGGGAACAUGGGUCUGGAGCCUGAUGAAAUGGCACUCUUCAUGGCUGUAGUGCUGGUGUCUGCAGACCGCUGGGGGAUCUCCAAUGUGGCAGCCGUGGAACAGCUGCAGGAGGGCCUGAUCAGUGCUCUGAGGAAUCUCCUCAAUCACAGGCGGCCAGACGACAUUACACUCUUUCCCAAACUGCUCCUGCGUCUGCCUGACCUCCGUACACUCAACAGCCUGCACUCCGACAAGCUGAUAGCCUUCCGCAUUGACCCCUGAAUGAGGGACAGGAAGCAAGAGCUGGAUUUUAUGUAAAAAAAAAAAAAACCCAUAAUACUCUUGCCUUGAUAAGGGUAAGCACACAGUAUCAGUCAUGCAUAAAGCUAACUUUGAAAAGCUUAAGAGAGGAGUGCUGAUUCUUAAGUCGAAUUACAUUGGGCACUUGAAACUUGCCCAGCGAAGACUGCAAGACAUCAUUCCACUUUUAGAGUGACAGCACUGGCUCUGGAGAGCAAAUUUUCAGAAAAUACAGUUUUGGACUCUUCUGAAGAGAAUAUAGCUGGAACUGUGGAAACGGUAAACGGGAUCUAAGUGAGUAGAAGGAGGUGUUAUAAUGAUGGGAAUAAACCCUUAGUGGACCCAGACAGGAUAUUACAGGUAACAUUAGUUUGACUUUUGAGAAAAGACUUGAGAUUUGAUGUCUUCACAUCAUACCUGAAUGAAAAAUGUGUUCUGUUAUCACAGAUAUGCAGUCUUCAGCUGGCUCCCAACCCUGCAGCCAUGAUGGGGUUUCAUACAUACUGUACUUAGAUACAAUCUAUGUAUACAUUAUUACAGAUAUAGUUAUUGAUUGAAGUCAUGAUAGUAGUCUGUCAGUUCAAGUAUUAGGAAGUGUAUUAUUAUCAGUUUGCUUGAUUGUUUAUCACUUAAUAUUACUAUAGGACUUUUUUUACCAGGACAAUGGUUCUGCACCAGGCACAGUUAAGUGUGUUUGAAGAUGUUCUCAUAUUGUACAUGUUGUAAUUAUGUUAUUUUCAACUACUCUGAAUGGAUAUACAAUAGUUUGUGAUAUAAUUUGCAGUUAUAAAAUCACAAAAAAAUCCUAAUUUUCUUAGGAGUCUCUUUUGUGGGGGAGAGAAGAGUAAGUGGGGUACAGUUCUUCCUUUAA